CAGGCCUUCUCGUCCAACAUCAGUGCAUGACCUCAUAAAUGCUCUACAGAAUGUAUGGGCACAAACUCCCAAAGAAACACUUCAAAAUUUCCCAAGAAGAGUGGAGGCUGUUAUAACCACCUCCAUAUGAAAGUACAUGUGUUUGAAUACAAUGUCAUUACAGUCCAUGUUGGUGUAAUGGGGAGGCGGCCGAAUACUUCUGUCCAUAUAGUAUAUUUCAGCCAAAAGGCUAGCACUAACACUGCUGAUCUGAUGCACAUGUAGAUAUUAUUAAUUCUCAGAGGACAGGCCACAUGCCUAACCCUAACAGAAAAUAAUGUUACUAACCCUAACCCAAAGGAAAAAUAAUGUUACAACCUGGUAUUAGAUUGUUUUAACUUCUAUUUCUAGCCUUACCUGGUAUUUACUUCAACUUAAGCAUGUCAGUUGAAUUUAAAGUAUAAUAUAGAGGAAAGCAAAAGCUACAAACGGCUCAUUUUGGCCAGAAAGGGAGGAAUCUGACAUUAAAUGAGUCUAGUGGUUAUAUAUAUAAAGUAUAUGUGUGAUGAACAAACUUCUAAGUGAAGUCUGAAAACCCUUCCACAAGAAGUGCUGUGGUACACUCUCUCUUAGCCACUCCCCCCUCUGAAAAAACCGCCCAACUAUGAAAAGCAGGCUGUAAGCUGUGAGAGACCACAACAUGACUGUACUCUUCCACUGACAUUACAGUUUCUAUCUCUUGAUUUCACUCCUAGCUGACUUUAGGUUAAAGACAUAAAACUACAGGUUAUUUUUUAUUUUUAAGUAAAUCAGCGAUAUAUCUUGAAAAGGAUUACCUUACUUCUCUCCUGAGACUUUCUUCUGUAAGGGGCUUCUCUCCUGAGUUGAUACCACUAUGGUUGUGAUCUUUUGGGUGCUGGGUCUGUCUCUGCUUGUGCAGGGAGGUUUGAGCAGCAUGGAGCCGGCAGGCUGCAGGACAUGGAGACAAGAAGGGGACUUAGUUUGCUGUGAGGCCUGCCAUUCUGGAAACCGCCUGGUCAGAGAGUGUGGUCCGAACCCAAAGGCACUGUGCACUCCAUGUGAAAAUGAGACAUUCACUACUGGAUCUAAAAACAAGGAGUGUGACAUGUGUAGGCAGUGCCUAGACACUCUUUAUGUUGUGAAAGAGUGCACUAUCUCCUCUAAUACAGUGUGUGGCUGCAAAAAGGGAUACACCUGUGGGAAUGCGCGGUGUACAUUCUGUGUUACUACGUGUGGGAAAGGUCAGGAACCUACAGAGGAACGUUCCUGCAGGCCGUGCCCAAAAGGAACCUUCAAUAAUCAAACUCACAAGAAGUGCAAGCCUUGGAGUAAAAAGUGUCCCAAACCAGAUGAUCAGAUUUUGGCCGAAGGAAAUGCAUUUUCUGACAUAAAGUGUACGAAUGCUUCAGUCAUCACGGCCAUCACAGUCUACCCUGUAACGAAACCAGAUACCUCAGAGGAUCCAUGGCCGAUGAUGUUGCCUGUGUUCAUUGGUGUUUUUCUGAUCUGCUUUAUUGUCCUUCUGGCCUGGAAAACUUAUAAAAGAAGGCCGAAGGAAGAAAAAGAAGAGAGAGAGUUCAGUGAAAAAAUGAUCAUUGGAUCUCCUUCAGAUGAACCGAGGACUUUAAUUGCGAUCGAGUGCAGCUUCCAUGAAGCCCAGCAGGAGCAAGGCAGCAGCUCAGAGUCCCUCGUCUCCAAAGACUCAUCUGAGCUGAUUUUUCCAUGACCACAAGCGCUGGG